UCUUCUGAUUAUGAGGCAGUUUCUAGCAUUGAUUGAUUUGAGUUAAAGUUAACGUUAAUCAAGCUUAAAUGAUUUUUUACUAUUGUGUUUCGGUGUGCGAUGAAUGUUAGUUACGAUAUUUUUUUCGACAACACCUAGUGUGCUUUUAAUUCAAAGUUAAGUUGAAUAAACGAUGAGUGCUUUGAAAUUAAGUUGAACGUCCCAUGGCCUAAUUUGUGACUAUGUGAAUAUUAAUGUACAAAUGACUAAUGAGAUGUUUAAAGUUUUAAAAUGCUCGCCUAUAAACUAUAUAAGAAAUUAUGCUAGGGUCCUAAUUUUUUAGGACCUAGAGAAAUUGCCAGUUGGGUGUGAUGGACUUGUUGAGUCUAGAGCAAGAGGUGGGUGCUUGGGACUCAGUACUGCUAGACCCCCUCACUGAGGACUCCUUCAUAGCCAAUCUGCACCAGAGGUUCAAGAGAGACCAUAUCUAUACAUACAUAGGUAACGUGCUGGUUUCCAUCAAUCCGUACAAGAAGUUAGCCAUCUACUCCAACAGUUUGGCUCAAGAGUACAGAACUAGGGGUCCAUUUCAACUACCACCCCACAUAUUUGCUGUAGCAGGAUCAGCCUACCGUUGGCUGAGAGAUUGUAAUCAGGAUCAGUGUGUGGUUGUGUCAGGGGAGAGUGGAUCAGGAAAAACAGAAGCUGCCAAAAUGGUGCUACAUUUCAUCGCGGUCACGUCAUCUGCAGACGAUGUAGUUCGAGAAAGACUUAUACAGUCUGCCCCAUUACUGGAAGCCUUUGGGAAUGCAAAAACUUAUAGAAAUGACAACUCCUCCAGAUUUGGGAAAUACAUUGAUAUCGAGUUUGAUUACAAAGGAGACCCUUUAGGUGGAACUAUUACAAACUAUUUAUUGGAAAAAUCUCGUGUAACAUGCCAAGCUCAAGGAGAAAGAAACUUUCAUAUUUUUUACCAGUUGCUCACUGGAGCUGAUAUUCAGCUUCUUAAAUGCCUCAAGUUGCAGAGAAACCUUGAAAACUAUGUGCUACUGAGGAGCAGUAGAUCUCUUCAACUGGAGACGGUUGAUGACAAGAGAGACUUCUUAACAACACGGAAAUCAUUUGAGACCCUCGGUCUUUCUCUUGAGGAGACGGUCAGUGUCCUGAAGGUGGUUGCCAGUGUUCUCAAGUUGGGUAACCUCACAUUCUUGCCCACCAGCAACAUCGAUGGCACCGAGGGAUGUACAAUCAGCAACGACUACGAGUUGUACGAGGUUUGUGACCUGCUAGAGACGGAACCGUCUUGUCUACAGACUGCUGUGACGUCACGUAACCUGCAGGUCACAGAGACGUGUGACCCUCCUCUAGUCACAGAACUGUCAGCUACUGAAGCCACACAUGCCAGAGAUUCCUUGUGUAAGGCCCUCUACAGUAGACUCUUCACUUGGCUUGUCAACCGAAUAAACGAAGCUCUUAAGGUGAGAAGGUAUGGCAAGAGGAGAGUACUAGGCAUUCUAGAUGUAUACGGGUUUGAAAUGCUAGAGAAGAAUGGGUUUGAACAGUUUGUUAUCAACUUCUGCAACGAGAAGCUUCAUCAGGUCAUCAUUGAAGCCACUCUGAAACAGGAGCAGGAAGAGUACCUUAGGGAGGAUAUUACCUGGACACCGGUAGAUUUCUUCAACAACUCCAAUGUCUGUCACAUCAUAGAAAAGAACAACCAUGGAAUCCUGUCAAUCUUGGAUGAAGAGAGUAGUAAAGCAAAUGUGUCGGAUGAAGUGUUCUUAUCACGGGUUCAAGCACUUUGUGGUCACAGCCACACGACGCCAGAGAGAAGAAACCGCCACACGUCAACAUCGGAUAACAGCCUACCUCCCAAUUGUUUCAGGUUGAGACACUUUGCUGGCACUGUGACUUACAAUGUGACAGGCUUCAUAGAGAAAAACAAUGACUUCCUACCUCGGGACAUUUCAAUGGCCAUGCACCGAUGUCAACACCCGCUGCUCAAAACACUCUUUCCUGAAGGUAACCCGAAGAGGGCUUGUGUUAAGAGACCAGUUACAACCGGGACACAGUUCAAGAUAGCCAUUCAGGGACUAGUACGCAAUCUAACCACAAAGCAACCGCACUAUGUUAGGUGCAUCAAGCCUAAUGAGCUCAAACAACCCCGGAUUUUUGAAAUGGCCUUAGUUCAACAUCAAGUUAGAUAUUUAGGACUUCUGGAGACAGUUCGGUUGAGAAGAUGUGGGUUCUGCUUCCGCCUGACCUACACCCAGUUCCUGACCAGGUAUAAGAUGCUCUCCUUGCAGACAUGGCCCUGCUGGGUAGGCACUCCAGUUGAAGGGGUGUCCUACCUUCUGAGAGACCUCCCCAUCCCUCCUGCCGAGUUUGCCUUUGGACGCAGCAAGAUAUUUGUCCGUAGUCCUAGAUCUGUAUUUGAACUAGAAGAAUUCAGAAGAGAAAGAUUAGAAGACCUAGCAACACUUAUUCAAAAGAUCUGGAGAGGGUAUAGAGAAAGAAAGCAUUUUUUAAGAAAAAAGAGAAGUCAAAUCAUCAUUGCAGCUGCUUGGAGAAGUUGGAGGGAAUGUCGGUUUGGUGUACCUUUUCAAGGAAGACGGCACUUGUGGUGUCUUUACCGUGUGGCAAGAGAAGAGUAUCGAAUCCUCAAAAGAAGAAAACAGAUAGAAUGGGCUGUUGGAGUUAUCCAAAGGCAUUUCAUCAUGUGGAAAAGAAGGCAGAUGUUGAUACGACUGAGCCAACAGUUAACCCUGGAGACUGAGUCGCCUGUGUGUAGAGAUUGGCCUCCCUGUCACCCUCGGCUGUCAGACACCAACAUGCUGUUGUGCCGCUUGCAUCACAAGUGGAGGUGCCACAAGUACAGAUUGAGAUUCGACCAGACGGCAAGAAAUAGAAUGAGAGAAAAAGUAACAGCUAGCAUAAUUUUCAAAGAAAGAAAAGCCUCAUACCCAAGAAGUGUGGGACACCCUUUCCUUGGUGAUUAUGUAAGGCUGAGGCAAAAUGUCCAAUGGAAGAAGAUAUGUGUAGAGAACAAUGAUCAGUAUGUGGUAUUUGCCGACAUCAUCAAUAAGAUCACUCGAUCUAGUGGGAAGUUUGUGCCAAUCCUGUUUGUGCUAUCAACCAGUGCCAUGUUGAUUCUGGAUCAGAGGACUCUGCAGGUUAAGUACCGUGUACCUGCCACCGAGAUCUACAGGCUGUCCCUAUCUCCCUACCUAGACGAUGUUGCUGUCUUCCAUGUCAAAGCUCCUAGUCCGCUGUCUGACUGCUCGAGUGAUCUGGGACCCCCUCCCCCCACCCCUGGCUGUCUGUUCCAGAGCGAACUCGCACGAAAGAAGGGCGACUUUGUGUUUCAAACCGGUCAUGUCAUUGAGAUUGUCACCAAACUGUUCCUUGUCGUUCAAAACGCUGUUGGGAAACCUCCUCAAGUCAACAUCAGUACAGAGUUCGAGGCCAACUUUGGACAGCAGACAGUCGCUGUGGUGUUCAAGUGUACUGGUCUGCCAGAAGUGCAGCCUGGCCAAAUCAGGGUGAUGCGACGAGCCAAUAAGAUGGAAAUACUCGUAUGAUCUCAGCCUCAACUGUGAUACCACCAAUGCCUUCAGCACUUGCUACCUUUCAGGUCAGCCAUGACGACAUCGCGAUCCCUCUCUUCAAGCACAAAUGUUUGUUGGAUCGUGGGUUCCUACUGUCGGCCUAGUCUGUACCUUUAGUCUCGACUCUAGACACUAGAGCUCCAUUUAAGUUACCCUCGUCCUCUUCAAUCUGGCCUUUAUUGUAUUGUCAAAUAACAUUUUGGUUUUUCUCAUACCUAAAAAAAGGUGCAUUCAGUGUUUCCAUGUGCAUAAUGUGGGAAAAUGGAAUUUUUUGCUCCAAAGCCUGAUUUUCUUUUUAUACUGCUUUCUAGAUAAAAACUAACCCCAAUUUACAAAAUUAUUUUAGUUAUUUAAUUUCGCUAUUUAAUAGCUUUUUAAACAUUAUACAUAAAAAUAUCACUUGGUAUGGUACAGAAUAGUGGUAUAAAAUUGGGAUUUUUCAUUACAUUUAAGUGGGAUGAAACGGGGUUUUCUCGACCCAAUUAGCGGGAUUUUUGUUUUGGUUACAGGGAAACAAGAUGACCUAAAAAUUAAGUAGUUAACUUAGCAUUCAAGGACAUAUGCUCAAGUAAUAACUAAUACUCAUUUUUUUAAAUAUAAAAAUACUGUUUGUUUUGUGUUUAAAUUGCUGAGAAAAAAGUCAUUCAAAACUUUUAUUAUGUAUUGAAUAUUGAUAUGUAUUGAGUCAGAAUAAUUCACUUCAAGGCCAGAUUCAAGAGGUGGAUAGUUUUAAUAUAGCUGAAUAUAAUAUAUAUUUUCAGAGACUAUAAACAAUUAGUGUUCAAUAUAUUUGGCAGAUAUGUGCUUUAUACAUAAGUUUAUAAAUUAGGAUUGGUGUUAAAUCACUUUGUAUACAAUUUGUUUAAAACAUCUUGGUCCAAAUUGUGAUAUUAUGAAAAUUAAGCGUGUUCUGCUCUUACUUUGGUCAUACUUUAGGCAUUGUAUGUGAAAUAACUAUGUAGUCUCAUAAUCUUAAAACAGUUUAUCUUGGUUAAAUAUUUCAAAUAAUGGUGUAGGUUGUUUGUGUUAUGCCUUAGGUAUUAAUUGUUUGUAUUUUUUUUAUUCCACUGUUAAAACCUCAAAAAACUAUUAUUGUCAGUAAAUUUCUCCAAAAAGUACACAGUAUACUUUACCAAGAGCCGCACAUUGAACGUUAGACCUAGAAUUGUCAUAGAUGGUGUCAAUGUUUUUUGUUAAGUGUCAUAAACGUUUCGUAUGGUUUUCAAAUGUCACACAUAUUUUGAUACUUCAUCACCAAUUCAGACAAGUCUGUUUGCCUCAACCAUAGUUGUCAUUGUUGUUUAUUACAUGGGUUAAAUUAUGAUUUUUAAGAUGGAAAACAGAUACCAACAUAUUAAUAGUAGUUUACACAACGAUCGUGUAAAAGCUAUUUAGCAAUUGAAAAGGAUAGUUUAAAAAACGGUCGUAGGUCAAAUAAUUUUUAAAAACUUACCUAUUAUUAAAGAAGCAAUAUUUUUAACCAAAAUGCACCUGCUUAUAUCGGUCACAUGUCUUAAGUAGGGAUGGACGAGAUUGGAUUUUUAGUUCGAGACGAGACGAGACGAGAUAUUUUAUUUCUCAUAAAAUUUCGAGACGAGAUCGAGACGGGAUUUCCCUUCUCAUACACAACGGGAAAUGCACGUUCGGAAUUUUUACCUGAUUUUGUAACAUUGUUAGAUGACUGUUUAAAUACAAAAAUAAUGAUAAUAGGCAAGAAUAUUUACAAUCUUUUAUUAAAAAACAUCAGCAUAGCAUUUUUUUAUUAAUCACGCCUAACUUAUUAAAAAUGCCUACGAUUAGGAAACAUAGUGAUAUCAGUUAGGAUAGAGUUCAACUUAUCCUAAAAUAAAAUAAAUCAUAAAAUAAAAUAUUAAUUUUUAUAGAAUAGUUACUUGUUUUGACUUUUUUUAUAGUAAUAAAA